AUGGCGCACGCGAAGCACGCGCCGAGUGGCUCUGGUCUCGUCGCUGUGCUUCUGAUCACACGUUCGCGCCCUGGUCCCAAAUUGGUCUUCCAUUGCCCGGAGCGACCACACUUGCCGCCAAAGCGCAGGCGAAGAGAUGAUCCUGACUCCGACGACAGUUCAGAGUCUGAAGACGAUGAAGAUGAGAAGGCGUCUGAAGUGACCGCCAAAGGCAAUAAUCCUAUCGCAGCACCGAUGAAAGGCAAUCGAUAUGUGCUGCCUGACGAAGCAAAUCCAGAUCUGAAGGACGACAAUAUAAUUGAUGCCGAAGAUGGACUUUGGGGUCCAAGCCGUUCGGGUCAUUCGGCGCUAAAGGCGCCUGAGAAGUCUGGGAGUAAGGACAAUCAGGAUGCAUUGGACCUGGACAUUGACGGUCUUAACCUCACUUCACCAAAACCUCCCAGCACGAAUCACGGCCGAGAUCGUGACUUUACACAUUUUCCCGACAGCCUUGACGCGCAAAAUGAUCUUCCAUUUGGCACUUCAGUGGAGACAACGUCGAGCGCGGAUUCAGGGAGCCAGAUCGAGCAAAUCAACAUGUUCCAGGUCGUGUUCGUGACGCGUGGAGCUGGACCACCAGCGCAGAAGGAGGCUAAGAGUAUCUACAGCGAUGUUGCCAAGAGAUUGAACGAAGCCCUCGAAUACUGUCAGCGGCAAGCAGACUAUGUUGCAAGAGAGAGCAGAAUGCUGCUUACCAUGCGCUCUAAGCAGAAGGAUGAUCAUUAUAUCGACGGAGCCAACCUUUGGCAGCGAAUGGUGGAAGGAAGUGAGCUUGCUUGGGCACUCAAGGAAGUGUUUGAAAAGAUCUCGACCGGGAACGUGGCUGGAAUCCGACUUAACGGCAUGAAUAUGAGUCUCCAUCUCGAAAGCUUGGCCAAGGAUCCUUGCUUCAAGAAGGCCGAGCUCGGGCCGCUGUCUGCAUUGUUGCUACUUGAACCCAAGGAGAUACUCCUACGAGAGCUUGCUCAUCCAGACGCCAGUCUUCUGGCCACGUUCAUCCGUGAAUGUACUCCUGCAAAGAACCUCACCAAAAAAGCUUUACAUCUCAACAUUUCACUGCAGGAAGUACUUCACAUGAGUUCGCAUCUGGUCAAAUGGCGCAAAGCUCAAGUCUUAUCACAGCCACUCAAUGCUCGAAAUACGUACGUGGUCUCGCCAGAUGCUCCUCUCCAUGACUUGGAGCAGCACAUCUCUGCCUACCACAAGCUGUUCCCGACGCUACCGAACCUACCCAACAUGCUCAAAGUGUUGAGUGGUCGACCUAUCAAGUAUGGACUGCUUAUACCAAGUAGGGACCACAGAACUGCAUACAUGGACAUCUUGUCAUACCUUGUUCGGCAUGGUUUUGUUGUGCAAUUGAGAACAUAUGGCUGGUUGAAGAUCUCCAAAGGGGUACUGGACAGAGCUAAACCAAGAGAACUACCACUAACGAGAACACCUGUUGCUGCGCGCGGUCUGCUAUCGCCACGAUCCCGCGCCGUGGACGAAGACGCUGUCAGUGUGACCUCCGAUCGUACAGCUGUAGCUUCACCAUCGACGAUAUCGAGCAGAGAUGGAAAGAGGCUCAGCUCAGGCACACAGGUGCCCGUGUCCGAUGAGUCAAAACCGAAAGAUGAUUUUGUCAUUGUCUUAAAGCCCACAGAGCCUAGUGAUGCGGAAGCGAAACUUUUGAUUGCCUUGCGGGCGACCUUUGGGGAUGGCGAAAUGAAGGACUAUUUCGAUGCUCUUCUAAAGUAUUUCGAUGGCGAACAUGCAUUUGAGGAGAUUGCAGCACGAGAAGGACUGAAAAGGGCGCGGGUUGAGGAAUGGCUUGCGGAGUUGGACGCCAACGACCAUCUCAUGACUGUACGGUAUAUUUGA